UCAGCUGCUAAUAAAACAUCUGUUUUAAUUUGCAAAACUUUUGUGUGAAGUGUGUCGUGUUAAAUAUUUUAAGAAAUAGAAUUGAAAGUAUAUUCAGAUAUAUUAAUAAAAAAUAAUUGGAGUAUUAGGUAGAAAUGAAGUUGCGAUUUAAUUCUUUCGAUAUCGUAUGUGGAGUUACGGAACUACAGUCGCUAGUCGGGCUGCGCGUUAAUCAGAUCUAUGAUAUUGACAAUAAAACUUAUCUUAUUCGACUACAAGGCGGUGGUGAAUCUAAAAAAAUCCUUCUUAUUGAGUCUGGUAUACGCUUUCACACGACAGCUUUUGAAUGGCCAAAAAAUGUUGCACCAUCAGGUUUUAGCAUGAAAUUAAGAAAACACUUAAAAAACAAACGGCUCGAAAAGCUGCAACAGUUGGGUAUUGACCGAAUUGUGGACUUUCAGUUUGGUAUUGGUGAAGCAGCUUAUCAUAUUAUUGUUGAGUUGUAUGAUCGCGGUAACAUUAUUCUAACGGACCAUGAAAUGAUAAUUCUUUAUAUACUCCGUCCUCACCAUGAAGGUGAAGACAUUCGCUUUGCUGUUCGUGAAAAAUAUCCUGUAGGUCGUGCAAAACAACAGUCUUUAUUGCCAAGCGAGGAUAAAUUGAAAAAAGUCAUAUUAACAGGCCAGCCUGGAGAUAAUUUGAGACGUGUAUUUAUGUCAAUGGUGGAUUGUGGUCCCUCGGUCAUCGAGCACGUAUUGAAAAAGCACAAUCUUGACAACUGCAUUGUCCCGGGAGGGAGUGGGUUGGAAAGUAAUAACGAAAGCAGGGAUUUGGUUAGUGAGGCGAAAAAAAAGUCUAAAAACAAAAAUAAAGGAGAUCACCAAAAGUACUUCACUUAUCGAGAAAUUAAUAUGGAAAAUGAUAUUAAAACUUUGAUGUUAGCAUUACAGGAUAUCUCAGAAAUUAUGAAGGAAGCUCAACUAAAUGUUAGUAAAGGUUACAUAUUGCAGAAGAAGGAAGAAAAACCUUCCACUGAAGAAGGAAAAGAAGUUGAACAUUUUUAUCAAAAUAUUGAAUAUCACCCAUAUAAGUUUUGUCAGCAUGACGGGCUACCAAUUGCAGAAUUUGAAACGUUUAUGUUGGCAGUUGAUGAAUUUUAUUCAACACUUGAGGGUCAAAAAAUCGACAUGAAAACAUUGCAACAGGAACGAGAGGCACUUAAAAAACUAUCGAACGUGAAAAAAGAUCACGCUAAACGUAUUGAAGACCUAAACAAAGUGCAAGAAGGCGACAAGCAAAAAGCAGAGUUAAUAACUAUGAAUCAGGGUCUUGUUGAUAAUGCCAUACUGGCAAUCCGAUCAGCCAUUGCAAAUCAGAUGUCAUGGCCGGACAUACACGAAUUGGUUAAAGCAGCUCAAACAAAUGGUGAUCCGGUUGCUGGUGCCAUUAAACAAUUAAAAUUGGAAAUCAAUCAUAUGUCAUUAAAAUUAACUGAUCCGUAUGAUACAUCUACAGAAGGUAUAGAAGAUGACCAUGGAAUAGGUAACAAUAGUAAACGAACAAUGAUAGUAGAUGUUGACCUGGCCUUAUCUGCUUGGGCUAAUGCACGAAAAUACUAUGAUCAAAAGCGAUCAGCAGCACAAAAAGAGCAGAAAACAAUAGAUGCUUCACAAAAAGCGUUGAAAUCAGCAGAGAGGAGAACGCAACAGACUCUUAAAGACGUCCGUACCAUUUCUACAAUUUCUAAAGCACGUAAGGUCUACUGGUUUGAAUUUUACAAAAGUGAGUCAAAACACUUAUAA